AUGAAUUCUCCAAAUCAUGAUCAUCAGGACGACGCAAAUCAACAAUUAUGGAUACCUUAUAUUGAUCAACAACAUCCCGAUCUGCCUAUAAUACAUGUUCGACCAUUUCAACAUAAUUCGCAACCAUUGUAUUGUAUACAACUGAAUGAUUUAGAAAAAUUACAUAAUUAUUUAAAACGAAAAAGAUAUCGUCUAUUAAAGACAUUUCAUACUAAUAUCCGAUAUGCUUGUCAUCGAGAUGAUUUUGAUACAAAAUCUUAUGAAUAUAUGUUACGAACGAAAGCUUAUAGUGAACUUGUUAGUUUAGAUCAACCGAAUUGUCAAGGAAAAGUUCGACAUUUUUUAAAUAUGAUGACAAAUAACAUGAAAUUAUUACUAGCAAGACUCUAUGAUCAACGAUGGAUCACUGCGUUUCAAUAUCAACAAAUGGAUAUACAACGUUCCAUCGUUCGAUUAGAUCAUAUUUUUUUUCUUCCUGAUACCCAUCAACAAGAACAACUUCUCUUCGAACCUAAGACGAUUUCUACUUUAAGUCCAUUGAUGCCGAUGAAUCGUUAUUUAUAUCGUCUGUUAGCUCCAAUCUAUUAUAAUCAAGUUGCUCAUCUUAUGACUAUUGAUAAAGGUUCUGAUCUCAUUCCACGUUUAGAACUCUAUCAACAACAAGGUCAUUUACAAUCGACAACUUAUUUAAUUACUCUUCAUCUAAAAGAUAUAUAUACAUCGAUUCGACAUACACAAUUACUUCAAAGUCUACGAAGUUUUCUUGAUGAUUUUUUAAAUGAAGAAACAAUUGAAGGCAUGACUAUUUCUGCAAUUCUUGAAUUAACUAAAUUUCUUCUUAAUCAUCAAUAUUUCAUUUAUCAACGUCGUAUCUAUCAACAAACUAUUGGAGGUGGUACUGGUUUAUAUUUCAUUGAUCUUCUAAUUGAUAUUUAUUUAUUUUAUUGGCAACAACCAUUAGUAUUAAAUCAAAAUCAACAUGAAAUAUAUGUACGUCAUUUUAAUAAUCUCUUUUUGACAUGGAAUGAAUCAAAAGAAAAAUUUCAUCACUGUUUAACUACAAUGAAUUAUAAACAUUCAUUUCUACAAUAUGAUGUGAAUAUUCAAACGAAUGAAAUUCAUUAUCUUGAUGUAGAUAUUCAUCAAUGUCUACAAACAUUUCAUACUCAUGUUUAUCAUGAUUGGCAAUAUGAACCUUAUAUUUUACCUAAUCUACAUCAGGAUCCAUCAUUUUUAACACCAGUACAUACUCUUCGAAUGGCUCUUAUUCGUGCUGUUCUAUGUUGUUCACAAUUACAAGAUUUUGAAGACGAACAACAAUAUAUUGAAUAUUCAUUUUUAUUCCAUCGAUUUUCCUUCGAUUUUAUUCGUAAAGAGAUUAAAGGAUUUUUUCUUGAUUUUAAUAUCUUCGACCUAAGCAUCUAUCAUAAUCAAGUUACGUACGAUGAAAUUCGUCGACACGUUCGUCAAUGGGAUCGACAGAAACGAGAAGAAAAACGAAAGCAUCUCGAUGAAGGACAAAAGCAAUGUAUUUGGUAUAUUUAUUCAAAAUUAAAAGGAGUUGCCUUAUAUGAUGCUCAACAAAAUCCAAUUCAAUUCUUACCACCAUCAUCUCAGAAUGACCCCAGUAGUUUAGAUGGAAUUAAAAUUGAAGUUAUUGGUUUACCUAAGUAUCCAUCCGAUACGAUAUGA